AUGGACAGCCCUCGAGGAGGAAUUGCCGGUGCUGGAAAGAUCAGACUGCCACGUUGGCUGCACAGCAACACUCCACGCAGCCCCGUGGAGCUCCACGGCUUCUCGGAUGCCUCCGAACGGGCUUACGCUGCUGUGGUCUACAGCAGGGUGGAGGAUGGCGGACUGCCCCGCAUCAACCUGGUGGUCGCCAAGAGCAGAGUGGCCCCGUUGAAGCGUGUAUCGCUGCCGAGACUAGAACUCUGCGGAGCGGCUCUGCUGUCAAAGCUAGCAGAACAUGUGCGGCUCUCCUUGGGUCUGGAGAGGUCGGCGGUCACCCUCUGGACGGAUUCUACGUCGCUACACAAGGAGAACCCUGCAGACUGUGCCUCCCGAGGGGUGUCACCGAAGGAGCUCCUGGAACAUCAUCUAUGGUGGCGAGGGCCGGAAUAUCUCCGCCAUCACGCGGACUUUUGGCCGAAGGACGUCAAGCUCUUGGAGACGGCCGACUUACCGGAGCAGAGACCGUUCCGAUGCCAUGCAGCCGCCGAGGAACGAGAAGCUGAGGAGCUCUGCCGCUUUUCCUGCCUUCGUCGCCUGCUUCGCGUGUCCGCCUGGAUCUGGCGCUGGAGGGCACGAGGGCGUCACUCAGCAGACAGCGAAGCUGUGUCGGCCUCCUUGGAACCUGAGGAGCUGGAGGCCGCUCUAUCUAAAUGGAUCCAGGUAGCUCAGGAGUCGAGCUACCAUGCCGAGCUGCAAAACGUCCGUGCUGAAAGGACGCUGCCUGCCCGGAGCUCACUCCGCAAGCUGGUUCCCAUAUUGGACGACGAGGGCACCCUGCGAGUCAGCGGGCGUCUGAAACACGCAAUUUUGGAUGCCGAUCAACGUCAUCCUGCCAUCCUACCGCCGCAGUCUCACCUGACGCACCUGGUGGUUGACGCCGCCCACAGGCGAACACUUCACGGCGGAGUCCAGGCCACCUUGGCUCAUAUCAGGCAGCGUUUUUGGAUUUCGCGAGGACGUCAAGUGGUUCGCAGCCACAUUCACAGUUGCCCCCCAUGCAUCCGAUGGCGGGCGGCCACUCCACGGCCGAAGAUGGGCGACCUGCCAAAGCGCGCGUCACUCCGAGCCGCCCAUUUCAGCACACCGGCGUGGACCUCGCCGGCCCGCUCCCGCGCCGUACAUCUUGAAGCUGUCAGCGACUACACCGCCGAGGCCUUCUUAGCGGCCUUUCGUCGGUUCGUGUCCCGACGAGGGUUGUGCACAGUCGUGUAUAGCGACUGCGGCACUAAUUUUGUGGGCGCGGACCGACAGCUUAAGGCCCUUUUCAAGGCUGCUGGCCGUGAGAUCCAGACCAUUGUUGGGCACCUGGCAGACCGAGGAGUGCGGUGGAGCUUCAAUCCACCGGCAGCUCCACAUUUUGGCGGCCUGCGGGAAGCGGCGGUCAAGGCGGUUAAACACCACCUGAGACGCACCAUCGGCGAGGCCAGACUGACCUUUGAGGAACUGUCGACGUUCCUCACAGAGGUUAAAGCCUGCCUCAAUUCUAGGCCGCUCGAAGCCUUGACGGAUGACCCUGACGACCUCCGUGCCCUGACGCCUAAGCAUUUCCUGGUGGGAAGCCCUCUCCUCGCCAUCCCGGAGCCGUCACUCCUGGACGCAUCAGCCAACCGGCUGAAUCGGUGGCGUCUCCUGCAGCAGAUGCGGGAUCACCUGUGGCAGCGGUGGACCCGCGAGUAUCUACAGCACCUCAGCCCGCGGCCCAAAUGGUGGGCCACUCGUGGAGCUAUUCUCGAGGGCCAGUUGUGUCUGGUCAAGGGCGAGAAUACCCCGCCGUGCCGGUGGCCGCUUGCUCGGAUCACGCGCGUGCAACCCGGCAUGAACGGGGAGAUACGCGUGGUGGAUGUCCGCACGUCCGUUGGCGAGUUAACCCGGCCAGUGGUUAAAAUCGUACCACUGCCGACGGCUGCCGCCAAGGACCCAGAGCCACCCGCGUAA